CUCACUAUAGCUGCUAUGGUAUAUAAAAGAUCAUAUUUCAUAUAUUCUUCCUCUGUGAUUUAAGUGAAUUUAUCGUGAAAAUGUCGUCAUUACGGAGAAUGUUUGAUGUAAAAAGAAUGGCUAGUUUAAUCUGUAUGCGUUCUGCGAUAGAUGUUUGCACUGGUACUUCAAUUCCAGCAUCUAAAUUGGUAUUGAGGAGUGAAUCUAUGUCAACGAUUAGUCGUUUUCCUGUGCCCGAGCGAUCCAGCUUGCCAGAGGAUUUGCAACAAGUCAUGAAUGAAGUUGAAGAAAAGGCUAAUUUUGUCCCAAAUGUGUUCAAAGCACUGGCUCACAGACCAGAAGAACUCCGAGCAUUUCUUCACUGCUAUGACGUGGUGAUGACAAAUGAAAGCGGUCUUACAAAAGCCGAGAAAGAACUCAUCAUAGUUGCUACCAGUGGUGCAAAUAAUUGUACAUACUGUGUUGUCGCGCAUGGGGCUUUGCAUAGGAUUUUCUCAAAGCAACCCCUGAUCGCCGACCAAGUUGCAACAAACUGGGAAUGUGCAGACAUAUCUCAGAGGGAGAAAGCAAUUUUGAAGUUUGCAAUGAAGAUGGGCAGAGCUGAACCUGUUCAAGAAAGUGAUUUUGAAGAAUUGGAGAAGAAUGGAUUGAGUCGAGAUGAUGCAUGGGAUAUUGGAUCAGUCGCUGCCCUCUUUGCCUUAUCAAAUAGAAUGGCACACUUGAUGAAUUGCCGCCCAAAUGAUGAGUUUUAUGUCAUGGGCAGGGAAAAACGAGAAAAAAAGGAAGAGAAAUGACCAUGAAGUAAUUUAAACAACAUUAAUUUCAGCAUAUAUAUAUAUAUAUUUGUUAGCUGACAUGACUGUGUCAGAAUAAUCAACUAGAUCAGGACUUCUAGUUAGAAGCAGGGUUCAAUUUAGGGACAGUCCUCUAGUGCCUAUAAUAUAUAGAGAUCAUUAAAGUCUGAUAUUAAAGACUGUAUUUCAUAUUGCUGUAAACUUCAUGAUCAAAUA